AUGAUGGAAUUAGAUGUGUUAAGCGCCGAUAUAUCGAAGGCAUACGAUGAUUUACGAACCAUUGAGGAAUCGAUCAUUUCAUUAUCGGGAAAGGAAAGGUAUGUUAUUCCUAGUAUUUUUGAUUUAAGGUUUGGUGCAAACAGAAGACGUAUUCAGGAUUCUGGUAAUCGUCCUAGUAAUUAUGGAUUUGAAAGACGUGAUACACGCACAGUAAGCUUGGAUUCUUCCGGACCGAAUAAACGCCGUUUAGUUAUAUCUGCUGAGAAUGAUUUAUACGAGGGUUCGGAUAAGCGGGCACGAUAUGAUGACAGAGAAGAUGAGGCUGUGCGACGUACUGUACAGUCAUCAGUUGUUAUGCCUGCUAUUGAAACAAAGUCGCGUAAAGCUGCUAUAUCGGAGCUGAAAGGAGCAGAAAAAAAGGAAGUUAAUGUCAGGAAUCGUCGAAUGUUUUCUAAUUUAUUGCUUGGAACACUGCAACGUUUUCAGAUGGAGGAAAAAAAAAUAUUAUCAGUAGAAAAAGUUCAGGCUGAAAAGCAAAAGGAAGUUGAAAGGCGUUUGCGCGAAUCGGAAGAAGAAGAGCGCGAACGAUUAGCUCGAGAAAAAGCUGCCUUGCUUGGAAAACGACGUGAAAAAGAACGUUUGAUCAAAUCAUUGCAACGAAGAAAAGCGAUUAUACAAUAUGCAGAACAAAAGCAGGAGCAUUAUCGCAAAUUGCAAAAUUUUAUUCAAACUCAGGCGAAGCCGCCGGUAUUCUAUUUGCCCGCAAAACAUACAUUACGAACUCUCGAACUGUUGAAAAUAUCUUCAAAGAAAAUCGAUGAACUUAUUGAGCAUCGUCGGCAACAAAUGGAGACUGAUCUGAAAACACCAGAAGAGAAGCAGGUGGAUGAGGGGGAUUCUGAUGGGGAGCGCUCUGAAACUUCAGCAGCUAUACGCUCUAAUGCAAAAGUGAAUGCAGCAAAUACAAAUAAGCCUUCAGUUAGUGAAAUUGAUAGCAAAAAGUUGGGUGGCGAACAAGUUAAGGAAAGAGAAGUGGUGGAGGGAGUAUCUAUGGAAUCUUCAUUGCGGGACUUCGGAGAGGAAGAGUGUGUGAAUGGCGACGAAAGAAAAGGACCGAAGCAGCUGGAUGAAGACGAACAAGAAACAGGUAAGGAUAAUAGUCGUAGUGACAGUGAGCCACCAGGGGAUGAGGCUGAAAUUGAUCAGGAUGGUGACUCUCAUGUUGCAUUCGUUGACGAAGAUGAUUAG